ACUUUUUCAACAAAUUCAGUCGGCAACGUGAUGGACAACAAUAAACACGCUGUUAAGAGCAUUUUUCAUAAGCCCGCUUUUCGCAUUGGAAUUGUUGUGCUUGUCGUACAUGCUGUUUGUUGGUAUGGAUGGAAUGCCACUAAUAGUGGCGCAAACAACAAGAAUGCCGCUGCCAAAGUGAACGAGAAUCACGAAAAGAUACGAGCCGCAUUAAAUGAGAAUAAGUGAGAUUUAAGCUUGGUAGAACAACCCAUGAGUAUUCGGCGUUGGAUUAUAUAAUUACUAAUAUAAUAAUAAGUGGCGGCUGUGUAUUUAAAUAUAAUUAAUAAAUUUGUUAAACGAUUUAAAGUAAUUCUGA